AUGUUUGAGGAUGCACUCGUGCGUGCAAGGCAGCUCGAUCAGUACUACCAGGAGAAAAAGCGUCCGAUCGGCCCUCUUCAUGGUAUUGUCAUGACUCUCAAGGACCAGUUUGAUGUCAAAGGCUAUGACAGUACGCUUGGUUACUGUGGAAGGGCUUUCCAGCCAGCUAAGCAGAAUGCGCUCCUGGUCGAUAUUCUCCACGACCUCGGCGCGAUCUUCAUCGCAAAGACAAACAUCCCUCAGAGCAUCAUGUGGUGCGAAACCGAGAAUCCCUUGUGGGGUUUGACAGUCAAUCCCCACAACCCGGAGCUCACUCCAGGAGGAUCCAGUGGUGGUGAAUCUGCAACACUCGCACAGAUGGGCUCCAUGGUGGGCUGGGGUACUGACAUUGGCGGUAGUAUCCGCAUUCCAUCGCACAUGUUGGGGUUGUACGGGCUGAAGCCAAGCCAUGGUCGCUUUUCAUAUGACCGAGUGAGUGUGAGCACUGAAGGUCAGGGUCACGUCCCGUCUGUCACUGGACCUCUGGCACGAAGUCUUGCAUCUCUACAAAAAGUCACCAAGGCCGUCAUUGAUGCGCAAUCAUGGAAUGAGGAUCCUCAGAUUGUCCCAAUUCCCUGGCGGUCUGAUAUCUUUGAAGAUGUCCAGCGAAGACCUCUAGUCAUAGGAUUGCUCACCGACGAUAAUACCGUCAAAGUUCAUCCUCCCAUUCGCCGGGUGCUAGAGGAAGUCGCCAACAAACUUCGCUCUGCUGGACAUGAGAUUGUACAGUGGAACCCAGAGCAUCAUGCUGAAUGUAUCGAAAUCAUGGACCUAUACUACACUGCAGACGGAGGUGAAGACAUCAUAAGAGACGUUUCUGUCGCUGGAGAGCCUUACGUUCCUCAUGUUGAAGCGCUCAUCAACAGAGGCUCGGCGAUCUCUGUAUAUGACUACUGGCAACUCAACAGACGCAAGCACGCCAUGCAAAGGGCUUGUCUGGCGAAGUGGAAGAACAUCCGGUCUCCGACCACCAACAAGACAGUCGACAUUCUGCUUGCGCCGACCAUGCCGCACGUAAGUGUUCCUCACAGAUCUUGCAAGUGGGUUGGCUACACCAAGAUCUGGAACUUCCUCGACUAUUCUGCUCUGGUUCUGCCCGUUGGGCGAGUGGAUGAGGCUGUGGAUCUGUCACUCGAGAACGACGAAGUCCGAUCGUACGUCCCUCGCAACGAUAUUGACAAAUUCAACUGGGCUUUGUACGACCCAAGCAAGAUGCAUGGCUUGCCGAUCAGUGUACAGAUCGUUGGACAGCGUCUUGAGGAGGAGAAGGUCCUCGGCGCUGCUGCUAUGAUUGAGAAAGUCCUGAACACGGUGUGA